AUGUCGAUAUCGGGAGACCUGUGCCGCCUCAGCCGCUGGACCUCAUCGAGCGACCGGGCAACAACCAGCUUGGAGCCGGAAGUGAAGAAGACCUCGUCCAAUCAGACAUCCACCAAGAUCCAGAAUCCAGUGUUACCAAUCCCAGGAGGGCUGAGAGACCCCACGAGGAUGCGUCGACCAGUGGACCAAGGAAUUCAUGAAAGCUCGUCUGGUUCAGAGAACUUGAAGAACGCUUUUGAUUGA